CAAGUAUGACGAUACCCAACACAAUAUUCCAAAAACGGGGAAAAUUUGGGGACAAAAUGUGGAAAAGUGGAGCGUACAAAAACCGAGGUACAGCUGAGAUAAAAUGUUUGAUGACGACUCCGUGGAGAAAACUUCCACAAAGUGGAUUUGAAGCUUGAGGGACUGCGCAGGAAGGAUUCAUUCAUCAUAGGGUGGGUCAUGGCCGAGAGGAGACCAGCAGGCUAUCGGGUGCACAGAGAUAUCCUCGAUGAAGAAGCUGUGGACAAGCUGGCGGAGAAGUCGGAAUCGAAAACAUCUGUGUGGGGCAAGAUCAAAAAUUCACUGAGGUGUUCCGGCCCCAGAGCCAAGAGCUGCCUGCUGGGUAGCGUCCCUGUUCUGUCGUGGUUGCCUCGUUACUCCAUCAGAGAAAAUGCACUUGGUGACCUUAUCUCUGGACUCAGCGUGGGCAUCAUGCAGCUGCCCCAAGGUAUGGCUUAUGCCUUGCUGGCGGCCGUGCCUCCAGUUUUUGGCCUUUACGCCUCCUUCUACCCGGUCCUCAUCUACUUCAUCUUCGGCACAUCCAAGCACAUCUCCAUAGGCACAUACGCAGUGAUGAGCGUGAUGAUUGGCGGCGUGACAGAGCGACUCGCCCCAGAUUCAAACUUCGCGACGUGGGACAAUGUGACCAACUCCAGUUCGGUGGAUGUCUUUGCGCGUGACGCAGAGCGGGUCAGAGUGGCCGCUGCCGUCACUUUCCUGUCGGGGAUUUUUCAGAUCCUGCUGGGUCUGGUCCAUUUCGGAUUUGUGGUGACCUACCUGUCCGAGCCGCUGGUGCGAGGUUACACCACAGGCGCCGCCACCCACGUCAUCGUGUCCCAGCUCAAAUAUACCUUUGGGAUCAGCCCUCUGCGAUACAGCGGACCUUUCUCCUUGAUAUUUACGGUGCUGGAGGUGUGUUAUCUAAUCCCGCAGACCAACAUUGGCACGCUGGUGGUCAGUAUUGUCGCCAUUAUCGGACUCAUCCUGGCGAAGGAGCUCAAUUCAUACUUUAGUAAAAAAAUACCCAUCCCGAUACCUGUGGAGCUGCUUGCUAUUGUCAUAGCAACACUGGUGUCCUGGCAAGUUAACCUCCAGGGAAAAUAUGGAGUGGACGUGGUUGGAGAUAUUCCCUCCGGCCUCCAGCCGCCUGUAUUGCCGUCAACGUCCCUCUUCGGGAAGGUGAUCGGGGACGCCUUCGCCCUGUCUGUGGUUGGCUACGGCAUCGUCAUCUCGCUGGGACGCAUCUUUGCACUCAAGUAUGGAUACAAAGUGGACAGCAACCAGGAACUGAUCGCCUUGGGUCUCAGUAACUCCGUUGGGGCAGUUUUCCAGUGUUUUGCCAUCAGUUGCUCCAUGUCCCGCUCCAUGGUUCAGGAGAGCACAGGAGGGAAGACACAGGUUGCCGGGGCUCUAUCAGCCGUUGUUAUUCUUUUCAUUACCCUCUGGAUCGGAGCUCUAUUUGAAGAACUGCCCAAGGCAGUACUGGCUGCCAUCAUCUAUGUGAACCUGCAAGGUAUGAUGAAGCAGUUCCUGGACAUACCUGCUUUGUGGGCGACCAACAAACUAGACAUGGUGAUCUGGGUCAGCACUUUCAUCCUCACUGUGCUGUUCAACCCUGACCUGGGACUCGCCGCCGCCAUCGGCUUCUCAAUGCUUACUGUCAUCUUCAGGACACAGCUACCCAAGUACUCUGCAUUAGGUCAGGUUCCAGACACAGAUAUCUACAGGCCUUUGGAGGAUUAUGGUCAGGUGAAAGAGAUUCCUGGUAUUUUGAUCUUCCGUUCGUCUGCAACGCUCUACUUUGCAAAUGCCGAGAUGUAUCAAGAUGCACUGGGAGAGAAGUCUGGCAUUGAUAUCACCAAAAUCCUGUCGGCAAAGAAGAAACUUGAGGCCAAAAGGAAGAAGCAUGAGAAGAAACAAGCCAAAAAUGCUGCAAAAAAUGGAGAAACGGAGGAAGCUGAGAUGGAGAAGCAUGUAGCCAACAUUGAGGUGGAGGGUGAGCGUGAUCCUGCACUGCCCAGAGCCAUCAUCCUGGACCUCAGUCCUGUCAACUUCUUAGACACUAUGGGGGUCAAGACCUUGUGUGCGAUUUUCAAAGACUACGGGCAAAUUGGUACCUUUGUGGCGCUCACGUCUUGUCAAAGCGGCGUGGUGGAUAAUCUGCAAACUGGCGGUUUCUUCAACGACAAAGUGACAAAGUCUUGCCUCUUUGCCAGCAUCCAUGACGCCGUGCUUCAUGUUCAGGCGGACCUGAUGCACAACCAAGACAAGGAGGCCCGAGCGACACAUUUUUAAGUGCUGGACAAUACAAAGAAGAAGGUUGCACACAUGUAUGCAACGAGACCCAUGGAAAGUAAUGAAGUAUGUCCUGCAGACACACAGCAUGAAGGUGGUGCACAUGGCGGAAGGGCUUACAAGCACUGCAACGCCUCUGAAAAAAACGUCAAACAACAUGACCCUCAGACGGUCAGAAAGUUCACCAAAUCAAUCUCAGGUUAGUUUCUAGCAGGAAAUUAGCUGACGGAGACAAAAAGGGCAGGACAGGAAAUGAAUGCAACGUGUGAGUGGAGACAGGAAGUGUCUUUAGGAAACAUCUUUGAUAGACAACAAGAACAAGUCCAUGAUGUUGAAUGCACAAAAGCUACUAUUUAAAACCAUUAUUACAGUAUUUAUGGCAAUAGUACACAUUGACGUUUUUAUACUUUUUUUACACUCUUUUCUAUUUAGAACUCAGUCAAUUGAUCAAUUGUUUUUUAUACAAAUAUUAAAUUCAAAAUAAGUUUUUGACUUCAUGGUGUCAUGACCUGUAGAAAGGUCAUGUUUAGUUUGGGUUUUUGGGUUUAAUUCCUGUGUUCUGGAUUUAUAACCUGAUCCAAGAUGGCUAACGGUUGUUAUUAUUCGGGUUGUUGAAUGUAAUGCCUUUGCAACCUCAACCUUAACCCAAACCUAUAACCCUAACUUCUUUACAGUAGUAUUUUUUUUAGAUGUAUUUCUGAUUUCCGUGUUACGUUUUGUCUCUGCAGUUGCACUUCUGUUGUCGUCACAAAAUUACAAUUGUAAGCCUGGGCUGAUAAUCAAUAAAUAGAACAGUAAAUGAAAAUAAACUCAACUGGA